AUGGCUCGACCCCAGCUCGCCGUGCCCCUGACUGUAGCGGCCCUGGUAUUGGUCUCCCUGCUGCUUUCGCAGCAGACAAUUGCCCAAGGCGAUAGCAACAUUGCGGAUAAGGGCAAGCGGCGCCCCCCACGGGCGAAAGCUGUCAAUCCACCAAGCCCUGUUAGGCUGUCGCCGUCACCACCCUCACCACCGCCGUUGCGGCCACCACCGUCGCCAUCCAAGCCGUCUCCUAAGUCCCCAUCUCCCUCAAACUCCUAUGAUCAAGGUGUCACCUGUCCGGAUGCGAAGGAAGUCCUGGACAAGCACAACAUGUACCGUGAAAACCAUCGAGCACUGCCUCUUCGGUGGGACGCGAGCCUGGCCGCGUCCUCUGCAGAAUACGCCCUUCGGCUGGCCAAAGCCGACUGCAGUAUACAGCAUUCAGGCAGUAGGGCCUUCGGCGAGAACCUGUAUGCGGUUCAGGUAUCACCCCCUCAAAACGACUACACGUGCACGACGGCGGUCAGGGUAUGGUACGAAGAGGUUUUCAAUUACAAUUUUUUCGCAGCACAGCCGUAUUACGACAACAAACCAAACUUUGUCGGCCACUUCACGCAAGUUGUUUGGCGGAGUACUUCGUUUGUGGGCUGCGGUGUUGCCAUCGUCCAGACGCCGUUGAAGCUUCCGAUGGGCACCGUCAACUCCACCUGCAAGAUAGUAACCUGUCGCUACCGAGAGCCUGGGAACAUCGCUACCGACAUGUAUUUCCUCAAAAAUGUGCUUUCCAACUCCACUACGAUAGUGCUGUAA